AUGACCAAGAGACCCAAAGCGGGUUUGAGGAAAUGGGACGUCCCAAGCAACAGACCACCACCAACCGGUGCUGCCGCCGAAGCCCCUCCACAGCACCCCCAGAAGGGAGCGCCUCAGCAAUGCCCACCAGCGGCCGGCCCUUAUGCGGCAGACCAGAUAAGCCCAUACCCAUACCCAUCCGCUCCGCCUCUGCAGCAGCACCUUCAGGCUCCGGCCUUUCACCCACAGGCCCAGUCUCAUCCUCUACCCCAGCCCAGCCAUGCCCAGUUCCAAGCUAUUCCUUUCCCACCGCUGCAACCACCAAGCUACCCCAGCUUCCCGCCACAGCCUCCUCAAUCUUACCAAUAUACUCCGGCAGCCUACCCUCCCUCCGCUCAGCAACAGUUCAACCAGCACUCUUCGCCGGUGCAAGGGACACCGCUGCAAGGGGCACCAUAUGUGCAGGCACCACCAGCUCGGUAUGGUAGGUGGACGACGGGUCUCUUCGGUUGCUUCGAAGAUCCUGCCAACGCUUUAAUGACCAUUUGCUUCCCUUGCCUGCCGUUUGGACAAGUAGCAGAGAUAUUAGACAAUGGACAAACUUCAUGUGCUACCAGCGCAAUGUUGUACAUUCUCAUUGCCUGUUGCUGUGGCGUCCCAUGCAUACUGUCCUGCACUUACAGAACAAAGCUGCGAGGCAAGUAUGGUCUCCCGGCGUCUCCUGCUCCUGACUAUAUUGUUCACUGUCUUUGCGAUUAUUGUGCUAUCUGCCAAGCGUACAGGGAACUCAAGAACAGAGGCCUCGAUCCUAGUAUUGGUUGGCAUUCUAAUAUGGCGCGGAAAGUUCAACAGCAACAGAUGGCGACAAUGGCUCCUCCUGUAAAUCAAACCAUGAGUGUUUGAGCUUGCGAC